AUGGGCUUCUUGCUCCUGCUCCUCAUCCUGGCCUCACUCUUCCCACCAGGCCAGGCCUCAUGGGGUGUCUCCAGUCCCCAGGAAGUGCAGGGUGUGAAGGGGUCCUGCUUGCUCAUCCCCUGCGUCUUCAGCUUCCCCGCUGAUGUAGCGGUGCCCGACGGCAUCACAGCCAUCUGGUACUACAACCCAGACUCCGGAGAGAGGCAGGUGGCGAGCCACUCAAGGAACCCCACGCUGGUAGAGGCACGCUUCCGCGGCCGCACCCAGCUGGCGGAGAACCCUGAGCACAAAAUGUGCCACCUGCUGCUGAAGGACCUGCAGCCAGAGGACUCGGGCUCCUACAAGUUCCGCUUUGAGAUAAGCGAAGGCAACAAAUGGUUAGAUGUUCUUGGUACCACGGUCACCGUGACAGAUGCCCCACGGGGCGUGGAGAUCCUCCUCAGACCCUCAGGACAGAACAUCCUCCUUGGUGACCUGGUCACACUCACCUGCCGGGUGAAUAGCAGCUACCCAGAGAUUGGGUCCAUGCAGUGGGUCAAGGAUGGAGUGCCCCUCGAAGCCAGGGGCCGUGUGCUCCGGUUGCCCCAAGCAACAUGGGCCGAUGCUGGCGUCUACAUCUGCCAAGCUGAAAAUGCCGUGGGUUCUGCCGCCUCGACCCCUGUCAGCCUCCAUAUCUUCAUGGCUGAGAUCCAGGUGAGCCCAGAAGGCCCCAUCCUGGAGAACCAGACAGUGAGGCUGACCUGCAAGACGCCCAGUGGGGCGGCCAGUGAGAUCCACUACAGCUGGUACAAGAACCAGCUUCUGCUGGAGGAGGCCCGCGCCAGCACCCUCCAGCUGCACCGGGCCACCAGGGCCGACACCGGCUUCUACUUUUGCGAGGUGCGGAACGCCCACGGCAGUGAGCGCUCAGGCCCCGUCAGUGUGGUGGUCAACCACCCACCCCUCACCCCGGACCUGACUGCUUUCCUGGAGACGCAGGUGGGGCUCAUGGGCAUCCUCCACUGCUCCGUGGUCAGUGAGCCCCCGGCCAUCCUGGUACUGUCACAUGGGAGCCUCAUCCUGGCCUCCACCUCCGGGGAGGGUGACCACAGCCCACGCUUCCGUGUCUUCUCUGCUCCCAACUCCCUACACCUGGAGAUUCGAGACCUGGAGCCAACCGACAGCGGGACGUACAAGUGCUCGGCCACCAACUCCUUUGGAAAUGCGUCCUCCACCCUGGACUUUUAUGCCAACGCUGCCCGCCUCCUCAUCAGCCCAGCAUCGGGGGUGGUGGAAGGGCAGGUGGUGACGCUGACCUGCAAGAGUGGCCUGAACCCCACGCCUGAAACCCGCUUCUUCUGGUACCGGAACGGAGCCCUGCUUCUCGAGGGGCCCAGCAGCAGCCUCGUGCUCCCUGCAGUCUCCAGCACGGACGCCGGCUCAUACCACUGCCGGGCCCAGGACAGCCAAAGCGCCAGCGGCCCCUCCUCGCUUGCCGUCCUCACUGUGCUCUAUGCCCCACGCCAGCCCACGCUCACUGCCCGCCUGGACCCUGAUGCCGCUGGAGCCGGUGCCAGACGGCGAGGCCUCCUCUUGUGCCGUGUGGACAGCGACCCUCCGGCCCAGCUUCGGCUGCUCCACGGGGACCACUUUGUGGCCUCUUCCCUGCCAUCAACUGGGGGCUGGUCCCAGCACAUACAGGUCACUAGAGCCCCCAACUUGCUGCGUGUGGAGAUUCACGACCCAGUGCUGGAGGACGAGGGCGAGUACUUGUGCGAGGCCAGCAAUGCCAUGGGCAACGCCUCAGCCUCGGCCACCUUCAACGCCCGGGCCACUGUCCUGGUCAUUGAGCCAUCGGACACGCUGCGGGAAGGCACGGCAGCCAACCUGACUUGCAACGUGAGCCGUGAAGCCGCCGGCAGCCCUGCCAACUUCUCCUGGUUCCGGGAUGGGGUGCUGUGGACCCAGGGCCCCCUGGAGACGGUGACCCUGUUGCCUGUGGCCCGGACCGACGCUGCCCUCUAUGCCUGCCACAUCCUCACCGGGGCUGAGACCCAGCUCUCUGCCCCCGUGGUCCUGAGUGUGCUCUAUCCUCCAGACCCUCCAGAGCUGUCAGCCCUCCUGGAAGUGGGCCAGGGCCAUGUGGCUGUGUUCGUCUGCAAAGUAGACAGCCGCCCUCCAGCCCAGCUGGCCCUAUUCCAUGGGGAGCACCUCCUGGCCACUAGCCCAGGGCCCCAGCUGCCAUCCCGUGGCCGGCUCCAGGCCAAGUCCACAGCCAACUCCCUGCAGCUGGAGGUCCGAGAACUGAGCCUUGGAGACUCUGGCAGCUACCGCUGUGAGGCCACAAAUGUUUUUGGAUCAGCCAACACCUCCCUCUUCUUCCAGGUCCGAGGAGCCUGGGUUCAGGUGUCACCAUCGCCUGAGCUCCAGGAGGGCCAGGAGGUGGUUCUGAGCUGCCAGGUACCCACGGGGGUCCCAGACAGGACCUCAUACCGCUGGUACUGGAACGGCCAGCUUCUCCAGGAGCCGACCUCGGCCACACUCCACUUUCCAGCCAUUACUUCAAGCCAAGCUGGAGCCUACCACUGCCAAGCCCAGGCCCUGGGCUCGACCACUGCAAGCCUGGCUGUCCCCGUCAGCCUCCACGUGUCCUAUGCACCCCACCAGGCCAUGCUCACUAUCCUGAUGGACACAGGCCCUGGGCGACUGGGCCUCCUCUUGUGCCGUGUGGACAGCGACCCGCCAGCACAGCUGCGGCUGCUCCAUGGGGACCGCCUCGUGGCCUCCACUCUGCAGGGUUUGGGGGACUCUGCAGGCAGCUCUCCCCAGCUGCAGGUGGUUGUGGCUCCCAACACCUUGCGCCUGGAGAUUCACGGUGCUGUGUUGGAGGAUGAGGGUGUCUACACCUGUGAGGCUACCAAUGCCCUGGGCCAGACUUCGGCCUCGGCCACCUUUGAUGCCCAGGCCGUGAGCGUGCAGGUGUGGCCUGAGGCCACAGUGCACGAGGGGCAGCCAGUGAACCUGACCUGCCUGGUAUGGACCCACCUGGCCCACCUCACCUACACAUGGUACCAGGACGGGCAGCAGCGCCAGGGUGCCCACUCUAUCUUCCUGCCCAAUGUCACGGUCACGGAUGCUGCCUCCUACCGCUGUGGCGUGGGGACCCCUGGCCAAGCACCCCGCCUCUCCAGACCUGUCCCACUGGACGUCCUCUACGCGCCCCGUGGCCUGCGCCUGACCUACCUCCUGGAAAGCCGUGGUGAACGGCUGGCCCUGCUACUGUGCACUGUGGACAGUCGUCCGCCUGCCCAGCUGGCCCUCAGCCACACCGGCCGCCUCCUGGCCUCCUCAACCACAGAGUCCAUCCCCAACACCCUGCGCCUGGAGCUGUGGGACCCCCGGCCCAGGGAUGAGGGUCUCUACAGCUGCUUUGCCCACAGCCCUCUGGGCCAGGCCAACACGUCCCUGGAGCUGCGGCUGGAGGGAGUGCGGGUGACCCUGGCUCCGUCGGCCGCCGUGCCUGAGGGGGCCCCCGUGACGGUGACCUGUGAGGACCCCACCGCCCACCCACCCACCCUUUAUGCUUGGUACCACAACGGCCGCUGGCUACAGGAGGGACCACUUGCCUCCCUCUUGUUUCCCGUGGCUACUCGGGCUCACGCGGGCGCCUACUCCUGCCAGGCCCAGGAUGUCCAGGGCACACGCAGCUCCCGGCCUGCUGCCCUGCAAGUCCUGUAUGCCCCUCGCGACGCCGUCCUGUCCUUCUUCCGGGACUCUCGGACCAGCCCUGCCACCGUGGUGCAGUGCACUGUGGACAGCGAGCCGCCUGCCGAGCUGACCCUGUCCCGUGAUGGCCAGGUGCUGGCCACCAGCCAGGGAGCCCAUGGCUCAGCAUCAGGGACAGGCCCCAUCCAGGUGGCCCGCAAUGCCCUGAGGUUGCAGGUGCAAAAGGUGCCAGCAGGAGACAUGGACACCUAUGUCUGCACGGCCAGCAAUUCACUGGGCUCAGUCCGCACCACUGGGCAGCUGCAGGCCGAAGGUGUGUGUGUGGUGGCGGAGCCAGGCCUGGACCUGCCUGAGGGUGCAGCGAUGAACCUGAGCUGCUUCCUCCCAGAUGGUGGCGGGCCCCCAGGCAACACCACCUUUGCUUGGUUCUGGAAUGGCCGACGACUACCUGCGGAGCCCGUGCCCAUUCUCUCCUUCACCUCUGUGGCCCGUGCCCAAGCUGGGAUGUACCACUGCCAGGCAGAGCUCCCUUCUGGGACCGUCGCCUCUGCUCCAGUCAUGCUCCAUGUGCUCUACCCUCCUGAGACACCCACCAUGACAGUCUUUGUAGAGCCUGAGAGUGGCCUCCAGGGUAUCCUGGACUGCCGAGUGGACAGCGAGCCACCUGCCAGCCUGACCCUCCACCUUGGCCGUCGGUUGGUGGCAUCCAGCCAGGCCCGGGGUGCUCCUGCCGAGCCACACAUCCAUGUCUCGGCUUCCCCCAAUUCCCUGCGGGUGGACAUGGAGGAGCUGAGGCCCAGUGACCAGGGGGAAUACGUGUGCUCUGCCUCCAAUGCCCUGGGUUCUGCCUCGGCCUCCACCUACUUUGGGGCUAGAGCCUUGCACCACCUCUAUCUGUUCCAGCAGCUGCUCUGGGUCCUGGGGAGUCUGGCAGGCGUCCUGUUCCUGCUGUUGGUCUUGGGCGCCUGCUAUGUCCAGAGAAGGAGGCUCUUUCAUAAGCAGAGAUCAAGCCAGAAUUCGGUGGAGAUGGCUCUUCAGAAGGAGACCACCACUCAGCCCAUUCAGGAACUUUUGGAUGGAUUAGAGGAGGAGCCUUCUGUGUCCUCGCGGGUUCAUGAUGGUCCUACUGUAUCUGUCCACCUUCCCACCAGUGAGAAGGAAGAAGAGUGGAAGUAG